GCUUCUGUCAUCAUCAGCUACAGCAAUUUGAAACUCAAAGUAAAACUCAAUAACAAUAGAUUCUAACCUUCCACAGCCACCACCACCUACCUUCCCUUUUCAUCUUCUGAAACCCAAACAUCUAUUUUCAACUAUUCAUCCUCCCCAAAGCUUCCAAUUCUUCCUGUAUUCUCAGUGCUUCCCCUCCUGAAAUGUGUCGAUCACAGCAGUGGGCUUUUGUAGCCCUUCUGCUCCUCUGCUCCUCGUCGUCCUUACUAAUUGUUGGUGCAGCAGAAAUGGUUACCCACCCCUCUGAAGUGGACGCUUUGCUAGUCAUCAAAAGAAGUUUGGUCGAUCCUAAUGGGAAUCUGAGCAACUGGAACAGAGGAGACCCUUGUAAUUCAAACUGGACUGGUGUUCUGUGCAAUACUACAUUGGAUGAUAACUAUCUACACGUUGCUGAAUUGCAACUUCUAAAUAUGAGUUUAUCAGGAAAUUUGUCACCUGCGCUUGGUCGUUUAUCUUACCUGAGAGUUUUGGACUUUAUGUGGAAUGAGAUAAAUGGGGAAAUACCAAGAGAGAUAGGCAACCUAACGUCCUUAGAACUGUUGCUUCUGAACGGGAACCAGUUGUCAGGUUCAUUGCCUGAAGAUCUUGGUAAUCUUCUACAUUUAGACAGAAUACAGAUUGACCAGAACCAUAUAUCAGGACCUAUACCCAAGUCUUUUGCAAACUUAAAAGCAACAAAGCAUUUUCACAUGAAUAACAACUCCAUCAGUGGUGAAAUCCCAUCUGAGCUAUCUGGAUUGCCCAAUCUUGUCCACUUCCUUCUCGACAACAACAACUUAUCGGGGAAACUUCCACCUGAGUUGUUUCAAUUGCCAAACUUAGAAAUACUUCAACUUGACAACAACAACUUCAGCGGGGCCACAAUACCAGAUUCUUAUGGAUAUAUGACUAAAUUGUUGAAAUUGAGUUUAAGGAACUGUACCUUGCAAGGGUCAAUUCCAGAUCUGAGCAGAAUAAAGAACCUCGGUUAUCUAGAUCUAAGUUCCAAUCAACUAAGUGGACUGAUACCACGAAGUAAACUCUCUGAGAAUAUCACAACCAUCAUCUUGUCCAACAACCGUCUUACUGGCAACAUACCAUCCAGUCUUUCGGGUCUACCACAUCUUCAAAAAUUGUCAGUUGCAAAUAAUUUAUUGAACGGCUCUGUUCCAUCCACCAUAUGGCAAAGCAGGAUGCUCAAUUCUCUGGACAGCCUUACAGUAGAGUUGCAGAACAAUAAUUUUUCAGAUAUUUCGGGAAGCAUCCAUCUCCCUCUGAAUGUUUCUGUCUGGCUUCAUGGAAAUCCUGCUUGUGCUAAUAACAGCCUGCUGGGCUUUUGUGGAUCUGAGAGUGAGGAUAUAAUUGACAUUCCAACAAAUAACACUCUUGGCUGUUCUGGCCCAAUAUGCCCACCUUCUUACGAAUGUUACUCAGCAAAAUGUCCAUCAUCUUGUUUCUGUUCCGCACCUCUUCUAAUUGGAUAUCGUUUAAAAAGUCCUGGAUUCUCACGUUUCAGUCCAUAUCAACAUAUGUUUGAGGAAUAUCUCACCAGUGGUCUUAAGGUACAUCUUGAACAAUUGGACAUCGGUUCUGCUGUGUGGGAAAAAGGACCUCGAUUAAGAAUGAGCCUAAAGCUUUUCCCCCUGUAUGUUGCUGAUAGCAAUAGUUCUCACAUGUUCAAUGACAGUGAGGUUUUACGAAUUGUUUCCAAGUUUACAAAUUGGAAAAUUCAAGAUAGCGAUAUAUUUGGACCAUAUGAACUUCUCAGCUUGACAAUAUCUGACGUUUAUAAGAAGGUUUUUGUCACAGCAUCAUCUGAUUCUACUAUGAGUAAAGGGGCAUUGGCUGGAAUAAUAUUAGGAGCAAUUGCUGGUGGAGCAAUGCUAUCUGCAAUUGUUUUUAUUUUUAUUAUAAGAUCACGUGUUAGGGGCCAGUACAUCUCAAGAAGGCGUCAUCUGUCAAAAACCUCCAUAAAGAUCGAGGGCGUAAAGGAAUUUGGUUACCGUGAAAUGGCCCUAGCUACAAAUAAUUUUCAUUGUUCCACUGUAGUUGGUCAAGGUGGUUAUGGAAAGGUUUACAAAGGAAUUCUAGCAGAUAGCACGGCUGUUGCUAUCAAACGUGCACAGGAGGGCUCACUGCAGGGUGAAAAAGAGUUCCUAACAGAAAUACAAUUAUUGUCAAGGUUACACCACCGAAAUCUUGUGGCUUUGAUUGGAUAUUGCGAUGAAGAAGGGGAGCAGAUGUUGGCUUAUGAGUUUAUGUCAAAUGGCACGCUGAGGGAUCACCUUUCUGUAAAUUCUGCAGAACCUUUGAGUUUUGCCACAAGAUUCAAAGCUGCCCUGGGUGCAGCUAAGGGAAUUCUGUACCUGCACACAGAAGCUGAUCCUCCAAUAUUCCACCGAGAUAUCAAGUCCAGCAAUAUAUUAUUAGACUCUAAAUAUGUAGCAAAGGUUGCUGAUUUUGGACUUUCACGACUUGCACCUUUACCCAAUGCAGAAGGUGAUGUGCCUGCCCAUGUAUCAACCGUAGUAAAAGGGACACCGGGUUAUCUUGAUCCAGAGUACUUUUUGACUCAUAAAUUGACAGAUAAGAGUGAUGUUUAUAGCCUUGGUGUUGUGUUUUUGGAGCUUUUGACUGGGAGGCACCCAAUCUCACAUGGCAAGAACAUCGUUAGAGAGGUUAACGGUGCAUAUCAUUCUGGAAAAAUUUUCUCCAUAAUUGAUGGUCGACUGGGAUCUUAUCCCGCUGAAUGUGUAGAAAAAUUUGUGACAUUGGCUUUGAAGUGUUGCCAAGACGAUACAGAUGCACGCCCUUCAAUGGCAGAAGUUGUUCGGACGCUUGAAAGUAUCUGGCUUAUGCUGCCUGAGUCUGAUACGAAAAUUUCAGAGCCUUUGAUCUCCGAUGUCAUAAAAGUGACCAGUCCCCCAUCUUCAUCAUCCAAUAUGAACAACUAUUACAUAUCAGAAGUCUCUGGCAGUGACCUCGUGAGUGGAGUAACUCCCACCAUCAUGCCCAGAUAGAAAACAAUAUUGCAUGAUCCACACCAAGUUUAGGAGCCCUGUUUCAUACUAUUUUAACACUGUUGAUAUGCUGCGUACGUCAUUCUCGUACAGCCUCUCUUACACACGUUAACAUGUUGAAUCUCAGUUUGUAUAUAGUAUUGUAGACAUUGCUGUACUUUUCAAAUCCUCCGAACAUAUUAAAUUAAAUUAUAUCUUCUUUCCAA